AUGUCGAAGAACUUUUGCUCCCUGCUGACUUUACCAGACGAACUUCUUGCAGAAAUCGUACAUCAUUGCUCAAUCGAGGGUGUUCUGUGCCUAGAGAUGACAUGCAAGCAAUUCAGCCGUUUGUGUAACACUCGCUUAGUAUGGUUGAGGCUUCUCCAUAAUUUUGAUGUUGCGUGUUCGCCGAAUCUUCCUCCUUACCAGUCCUGCAGGGACCUAACAGUCAACAGUCUUAAGACGAUCGUGACUGACGCUGUUAAAUGCUUUCAUUCCUGGAGGAAGGCUGGCAAGCUCCGCGUCUUUCACGGUUUGUCAUUACAGAUCGAGUCCCCACAGUAUGGUUCUCGUGUACCGAUGAUGGCGCGGCUACUUCCGGGUGGAAGACAACUCCUAGUCCUCAAUUCGGGUCGACUCGAGUUAUGGUCAUUGGAAACGGCCUCGUGCGCCUGGCAGGCUCCUGAAUUCCAUGGUGAUUACCAGUGCUCGUCUUUUGACUUCCAUACGUUAGAAAGCGGAUCGGAUAUUGUGAUCGUUGCAGAAUUUAUUAUUCCCGAAGAUGAGACUACGUAUCUGCGCGUCUUCCGCUAUCGGGUGGAGGAAGGCACUGUAGAUGUUGUAUAUACAGCAGGUUUGCCAUAUACAAGUAUCUUUCGUCUUUCAAUACAAGAUGACUUCUGUCUGGCUCUCCUUCUGCAUCACUGUCAAACUGUUAUCGUGAACUGGAGGACGAAGAGAGGCGUGUUUCUAACCUUUGUAGACUCAUCUGGAACCAAUAGUAAUAUAGAUGUACGUUCUGCAAACAUUCACUCAAGACACCUCCUUGUUACUACGAAACUACGGAAUGGUCUUUCCGUGGUCGCUCUCCCGUUAUCAAUUCUUGAUGAGCAAUGGUCAUCAGCCUCCGAUUACCGAAUAUGGAAUACUUUCGUUUAUAACCUGGAAAGAGGUUCCGUCCUUACGUUAUCUCCUGUGAAUAAUGAUGGACCGUGGAUGCUCACCACACACCUAUUCACCCCAACUUGGAUGGAGAAUGCUCCCGCAGAGAUGUACAUUGUUGGUUACGGCAAUUUAUGGGAGAUGCCAAAGGUAUUUCUCACAUUCAGAGUCCAACUUUACUCAUCCUCCGAAGGAGAUAACACGCUAGCGGAUAGACUGCAGCUCGUCCUGAAAAGCACGACGCGCUCUUCCGCACAUCAUUUACCAUGGGAUUCGCACUGCGUCUCAAAUUCAGGGUAUCUUGUGUGCUUCCGAAGAAAUCUCAGGUGUUUCUCGCUGUUCUCCGAGGAGGAACAGCCCAUAGCGGAGCUGGAAUUAGAUAUACACGAAACCAGCCAGGGCGAACCAGUCGUCACGGUUGAACCUUGGAGUGGAGCUCUUGUUGCCAGUACAGGGUAUACUGUUCAAGUAUUUCACUUGAGGUAA